GAGGAGGAGGAGGAUGAAGAUGCGUGGACGCGGCUCAGAGAAGCUCAGUACGCGCUUUUAGGCCACGGGUGGACCGGAGCAUCAGGUCCAGUCUGGAUUCUGAGCUGUGGUUCUGGAUUCUGGUUCUACAUCUUCUCCUGGAGCCGCUCCUCCAUCUUCAUCAUCAUCGGUUGCUGAGGUUCGUGGAUCCUGCGUGAGCGCGCGUGCCUGUGGCAUCUAUGCACGUGAACCUGGACUGUGCGCGUGAUGACGAGUACAGAGGGGGGGGAGGAGGGGGGUGGUGCUGUCGUCACCCGCCACCGCCACACCUGGAACGAAGAAGAGGGGGAAGAGGAGGAGGAGGAGGAGCCGCAUCCUGAGGAUGAAGGAGGAGCGGAGUGUCCCGAGGGCCGGAGCUGCGGGACACGCGGGGACACGUGUGCGGGACACGCGGGGAAAGUGAGCACAGCUGAGGAUGAAGAUGAGGAAGAGGAUGGAGCCGCGGGAGGAGGAAGAUUGUGUAAGAUGCAGGCGAUGACUUCAAACUGCUGUAGCAGCGACAACUGCAGUCCGACCCCGAGCUGCAGGAUCUGCUUCCAGGGCGCAGAGCAGGGCGACCUGUUGAACCCGUGUCGCUGCGACGGCUCAGUGCGUUACACUCACCAGCACUGUCUGCUGAAGUGGAUCAGCGAGCGCGGCUGCUGGACCUGCGAACUCUGCUGCUAUCGCUUCCACGUCAUCGCCAUCAACAUGAAGAGGCCCUGGCAGUGGCAGUGGAUCAGCAUCACUCUGGUGGAGAAGGUUCAGAUCAUCGCUGUGUUCCUGGGCUCUCUGUUCCUGGUGGCGAGCAUGUCGUGGCUGCUGUGGUCAGCGCUCAGUCCUCAGGCCGUGUGGCAGCGCCGUGACGUCCUCUUCCAGAUCUGCUAUGGCAUGUACGGCUUCAUGGACCUGGUCUGUGUUGGCUUGAUUGUCCAUGAGGGGGCAGCAGUGUACAGCGUCUUCAUGCGCUGGCGAGCUGUCAACCUGCACUGGGACGUCCAGAGCUAUGACAAGGCCGAGGACAUGGAGGAGACGAGCACCGCUCACUCCUCGCCGGCCCCCAGGACGCUGUGGUUGCCCCUGGCGACCUUUGGCCCCAGUGGCCCCUCACACUCCACGCAGCUGGGGCCGCGGCCGUGGAGCUGCUGCCUCUGUCCUCGACUGCUGCCGCGGAGUCGCCUGAGCCAGGACAGCGGAGAGGGCGAGGUCGUCAUACGUGUGACCUCAGUGUAGCACCCACACGCGCUCACCCUCACCCGUUCAAACACACACACACACACACACACGUUGGACA